AUGCCUGCCCGCAAGACUUUGUUUACUUUCGUCUUGGUUGUCUCAGCGCUUGCAGGACAUGCGGCGGCCGCCCCAUCUUCCCUAGCUCUUGCGAGCGCCAGCGCCGCCGACUCGACCACCGCUCCGUCUGAUAACAACCAUGGAGCUGCGGAACACAGGAGGCGAAGUGCCGUGAAUCAGCUCGCCUGCGAUGGUACACCGGCGCCGACCCAGCCCACCAAGCGAAGUACCGUCAAUCAGCUCGCCUGCGAUGGUACCACGGCGCCGACCCAGCCCACCAAGCGAAGUGCCGUGAAUCAGCUCGCCUGCGAUGGUACACCGGCGCCGACCCAGCCCACCAAGCGAAGUGCCGUGAAUCAGCUCGCCUGCGAUGGUACACCGGCGCCGACCCAGCCCACCAAGCGAAGUGCCGUUACUCAGCUCGCCUGCGAUGGUACACCGGCGCCGACCCAGCCCACCAAGCGAAGUGCCGUUACUCAGCUCGCCUGCGAUGGUACACCGGCGCCGACCCAGCCCACCAAGCGAAGUACAGAUGAGGGUGCAAAUGUUGACAAAGCACCCCAUGCCGUUAAUCAGCUCGCCUGCGGUGACAAACCCGACGCUACAACUGGUAACGCCGGCACCACAGCUGGUAACUAG